AUGUAUGAAACCUUGUUCUAUUCCUUGCUUUUAUCUCCAUUUCUCCUUUUAGCCAUCACCAAGCUCUUAAAACAUGCAAUACUAACAAGCCACAUAAACCUUCCACCAAGCCCUUUGGCUCUCCCAAUUCUAGGCCAUCUCCAUCUCCUCAAACAACCCCUUCACCGAACCCUUUAUAAUCUCUCGAAAUGCCACGGCCCGAUCUUCUCUCUCCGAUUCGGUUCCCACCCUGUCGUCGUCCUAUCAUCUACCUCCGCGGUCGAAGAAUGCUUCGGCAAAAACGAUGUAGUUUUAGCCAACCGCCCUCGUCUCGCAUUAGGCAAGUACGUUGGCUACAAUUCAACCGGUCUCGGCUUGUCACCCUAUGGUCCUCAUUGGCGCAACCUCCGCCGCCUCGUCACCCUCGACUUAUUCUCAUCGAGCAGCUUGAACGCGUCAACGGGCAUUCGGAGGGAUGAGGUAAAGCUCUCAUUACGCAAACUUUACCACGUUUCGGCCUGUGGUAAUUUCAUCAAAGUAGAGAUGAAAUCGAUGUUCUCGGAGCUGGUUUUCAACAUCGUUAUGAGGUUGGUCGCGGGCAAACGUUACUACGGUGGCGGGGAUGAAGCGAGCGGGAUUGAAGAAGCGAAGGAGUUUCGAGAGUUGAUCGAAGAGCUUUGCGAAUUGGCGGUUUCAUCGUACCCGGGAGAUUUCUUGCCUGUUUUACAGUGGAUUGACUAUAAUGGACACAUCAAGAGAUUAAAGAAAGCUGGCAGUAAAGCAGACAAGUUCCUUCAAGGUUUGGUUGAUGAACAUCGAAGUAACAAAGAUGCUUUCAAAAAGAAGAACACAAUGCUCAGUCAUUUGCUCACUUUGCAAGAAUCCGAACCUGAAUAUUACAGCGAUGAAACCAUCAAAGCUCUCAUACUGGUAAUGUUAAAUGCAGGAAUCGAUACAACAGCUAUAACACUCGAAUGGGCAAUGUCGAAUUUACUAAACCAUCCCGAGAUUUUACAAAAAGCUAGAAACGAAUUAGACACUCAAGUCGGCCAAGAGCAUCUAAUUGAAGAAACUGAUUUGCCCAAACUACAAUACUUAAAAAACAUAAUUUCGGAAACCUUAAGGUUGUAUCCAGCAACUCCACUUCUAGUCCCUCAUUUUUCAUCUAACCAUUGCACUUUAGGUGGUUACGACAUUAGUCCCAACACUAUCGUAUUCGUCAAUGCAUGGGCCAUUCAACGGGACCCCAAUUUAUGGGAAGACUCGACAAGUUUUAAGCCCGAGAGAUUCGAAAGUGAUGAUAAAGAAGGCGAUGCCGUCCCAAAGCUAUUGCCAUUCGGGAUGGGGAGAAGGGCUUGUCCGGGAAUGGGAUUGGCAAACCGUGUGUUAGGGUUGGUGUUAGGGUCAUUGAUUCAGUGCUUUGAAUGGAAAAGAGUGAGUGAGAAACGAAUUGAUAUGAAUGAAGGGAAAGGGCUCACUAUGCCUAAAAUUGAACCAUUAGAAGCAAUGUGCAAACCACGCUCUAUUGCUAGUAAGGUAUUUUGA